CAGUUUCUGGUUUGACAAUCAUUGAGAUAACCCGGCAACCGAUAGGACUGUUUGACUCGAAUAUUCUAGAUUCCGCAAAUUUUGAACAGCGUUCAUCGUGCUCAUAUUCUUCGCUUUUGAAUUCUGUUAAUUAAAAAUCGAAAUGGCCAAUGCAGUAAAACGAUUGGUUCCUCUUCUGGACCGUGUCCUGAUCAAAAGAGCUGAAGCUAUAACCAAAACUGCCGGAGGUAUUGUCAUCCCAGAGAAGGCUCAAUCCAAGGUUUUACACGGAGAAGUAGUAGCGGUCGGUCCUGGAGCCCGAAAAGAAAAUGGAGACUUCAUCCCCGUUCAAGUUAGUGUGGGUGAUAAAGUUCUUCUUCCAGAAUACGGCGGUACUAAAGUAAGCCUUGAAAAUGAUGAGAAAGAAUAUCAUCUCUUCAGAGAGUCUGACAUACUGGCGAAAAUUGAAAACUGAAUGAUGGUAGCUUUAACAUGUGAUUCUAAUUCUGUUAGUUUAGUUGUAGCGUGCGCAAAUGAAACGUUGAUGUGGUCGUGUAUUUUUUGUGAGGUAUUGAUCUUAUCUCAGUUGCAAUACUUGCAUUUCUUAUUAUAAUAAUAAUUAUUGUUAUAAA